GCCCGCCCCCGCGUCCCGCGUGUCCCCGGCCACCCCGCGCGCCGGCGGAACUGUGGGACCGCCGCGCACAGGAAGUGGCGGCGCGGCCGGGGGCGGAGGGCGGGCGGCGGGAUGGGGGCCGGGGGCGGCGGGCGCCGCACUCGCUGAGGCCCGACGCAGGGCCGGGCCGGGCCCAGGGCGGAGGAGCGCCGUGGCGGGAGCGGGGCCGCGGAGGCGACGCUGGGGACCCCGCGCGACGAGCAGGUGGCCGCGGCUGCAGGCCUUUCCAGUUGGAACCCUCAGAGGACAGCUGUUCCCACGGGCCCUGCUGACCUGUGCCUUGGUAAGGUAGGAGGGCGAGCUGCUGGUGCUGAGAGCGGACGGCCGUUCUCAGCGAGGGACCCUGUACCCGCUCCUGAGUGGCGACCAUGGGCCUGCUUGCCUACCUGAAGACGCAGUUCGUGGUGCACCUGCUCAUUGGGUUCAUCUUUGUGGUGAGUGGGCUGGUCAUCAACUUCGCCCAGCUCUGCACACUCGUCCUGUGGCCCAUCAACAAGCAGCUCUACCGCCGCCUCAACUGCCGCCUCGCCUACUCGCUCUGGAGCCAGCUGGUCAUGCUGCUGGAGUGGUGGUCGUGCACCGAGUGCACGCUGUUCACAGACCAGGCUGCGGUGGACCACUUCGGGAAGGAGCACGUGGUCAUCAUCCUCAACCACAACUUCGAGAUCGACUUCCUCUGUGGAUGGACCAUGUGUGAGCGGUUUGGCGUGCUGGGGAGCUCCAAAGUCCUCGCUAAGAAGGAGCUACUGUACGUGCCCCUCAUCGGCUGGACAUGGUACUUCCUAGAGAUCGUAUUCUGCAAACGGAAGUGGGAAGAAGACAGAGACACCGUGGUGCAAGGGCUGAGGCGCCUGUCCGACUACCCCGAGUACAUGUGGUUUCUCCUGUACUGCGAGGGGACGCGCUUCACGGAGACCAAGCACCGCGUCAGCAUGGAGGUGGCUGCCUCCAAGGGGCUGCCCCCCCUCAAGUAUCACCUGCUGCCACGCACCAAAGGCUUCACCACCGCUGUCCAGUGCCUCCGGGGGACAGUCACCGCUGUCUACGAUGUGACACUGAAUUUCAGGGGGAACAAGAACCCAUCUCUGCUGGGGAUCCUCUAUGGGAAGAAGUACGAGGCGGACAUGUGUGUGAGGAGAUUUCCUCUGGAAGAGAUCCCACUGGACGAGAAAGAGGCAGCCCAGUGGCUUCAUAAAUUGUACCAGGAGAAGGAUGCGUUACAGGAGACCUACAACCAGACAGGCACAUUUCCGGGGCAGCAGUUCAAGCCCGCCAGGAGGCCAUGGACCCUCCUGAACUUCCUCUGCUGGGCCACCAUCUUGCUCUCUCCUCUCUUCAGCUUUGCCUUGGGCGUCUUUGCAAGCGGAUCCCCCCUCCUGAUCCUGACGUUCCUGGGGUUUGUGGGAGCAGCUUCCUUUGGAGUCCGCAGACUGAUAGGAGUAACUGAAAUAGAAAAAGGCUCCAGCUAUGGAAACCAAGAAUUUAAGAAGGAAUAAUUAACGGCUGCGACUGAACACACAUAACCUGACGGUGGUAUCCAAUUAACUCAAUUAAAAACAGAACAACACACACAGAGCAGAGGAGAAAAAGACAUUUAGAAACUAUUUUUCUUAUUACCUGGUGACUAAUAUUAACAAAUAAAACUUGAGCCAAGAGUGAAGAACUUGGAAGACCCACUGAAUGGAGAUGGUCAGCCUCCCGCCGGCCCAGGGCCAGCUGUCUCUGAGGGGUCAUUCAUGGCUGGGGGCAGUGGCUCCUGAGCCAGGUGGUCUCCAGGGACAGAUGAAUGGACACCGUGACUCAUGAACUCUGCUUCCAAGAGGGAGCCUCUGGCUGCUUUCUCUUCUUAAACUUAGAUCAAAUUUUUUGGUUUUUUAUCAGUUAUUUUAGGAACUUGACCUGGCCCCUCACCUCCUCCCCUGCAUCCCCAAAAAAUCGUCUCAACGAAUUUUCUGCUGUCCUCUUGGAAACGGACUGACUGGGUCGCGGUCCCCCCACCCCCUCGCUCCCCUGAGAACCUGCUCAUCUGCUAUGCUUGGCUCAGCCUUUGCUUCUAGAUGGGGGUGGGGGACCGUGGAGAAAGUUGUCCAGUGAUAAGCACAUCCUGAAUGUAAGUCAGAGGUUCGCAGCAGAUGCACCUUGUCACUCUGCCAUCCUCUGGGGCUGGCUGAAGCGAAUGCCCCAUUUUAUUUUCUAGAGCAUCGUUUACCCAGUUUCCUACUCAGCCCUGUGUGUAAAUACCUUCACUCUGUUUUUAAAGUAAGCGGCUCCCUGAGAACUCAGUGAAACCUGGGGUUCUUCAUGCCCCAAAUCUCCUCUUCCCUCUCUUCCUCCUUGCGAGGAAGACUCCAUCAUCAGACUCCAGUCCCUCCGUGCUGGAUGCUGGGGAGCGAGGUCACACGGCCACUCCCCAGCAGAUCAGGAGUCCAGAUGGAGGGCUGGGGGCUCGGAGACCUCAGGCAGCAGCCUGCAGGACUCUGUAGAGUGCUUCUUAAGAAGUGGGGUCACCAUCAAACCUCUUUCUGUUCAAGGUAGCUGGAGACUGUGGAUCCUAAGCUUGUUGGUUUUUAGAGAUUUUAUUUUUACUAGUUGAUCCGUUGCCGGUUCUCAACUUUUGGAUGGAAGCGGAGGUGGGGUGUCUCUUCCCCUCCCCUGCCCUUCCAAGCUGUGCCCAUGUCCUGGGGAGGGCCUGCUCUGUCCAGGCAGGUGCCCGGCUCCCCUCCCCAUUGCUGGGCCGGGCUCAUGCCCUAGCAGUGGUCCCUUGGCCCAUGGCCCGAGAGGGAGGUGCUGCUCCCUGUGGCACCUCUAAUGCACGGCCUGGCUGGGACGGGGCGCCGGUGAGGGGCAAGGGGCGGCAGGAAAGUCCCUCCUGCAGCCCAGCCGGAUCAUUACGCUGUACACCACCUGCAUUUAGCUUUUUUCUUAAACUUUCGACUCGCUUUUUAAAGUCGCACUCCCCUCAUCUCUCUUAGCGAGGGAAAAAGCGGGUGUUAUUUCUGAGGAAUGAGUAUUGUAAGCAGCGCUCUGAAUAAGGUGGGUUGAGUUUUCUAGGAAAAAAAUGGAGGAAAGAGGCAUGGAAAAGAUUAUAAACUAAACUGAGCUAAUAUUUAUGCAUUGGCCCUGUGCGAUCUGGGCAGCUUUGCUGAGACAGCACAUGAUCCUUUCUGACGAGGACACUACUGAAUGCUGCAUGGUUACCACGUUGAAGGCAACGGCACUUGUUCACGAGUGACAGUGACCGAACAUGAUUCCUGGAGAGGUUGAAGGGGUAAACGAAACAAAACAUAAACACCCGUUUAAAUGCUUCUGUGUCAGAAGGGUACCCCCCUCUGUCCCAGAGCUCAGCUCCCUCCUGCGCCCCACUGGAUGAGCAGCCGCUGAGACUUACGGUGUCUUUGAGACUUACGGUGUCACCAGCUGCUCACCUCUCUUCACAUGUGUUUAGAGCUGAGUCAGUCACUAAUUCACUAACGCCCAAAAUCUUAGAGUUGAAGGGUACUAUCGUGCACAUACAUGACCUGGAAAAUACUAAUUUAGAUCUUUUGCUAUUUAAUUAGUAGUUCUUGUUUCCCAGAGAAGUUCCCUCCCUUUGAAAUUAAUAUAUAAUGUGUAAGUUCUGUGUUGAGUCACUGCGUGAGCUGUGAAGGAUCCUAGACUGAAGUAGAGAUGGAGACCAGGGAGUAGGUUUUAGCUCGUGAUUUCCCUCUGAUGUAACAAAUUAAGCUCAUGCAUCUAAAUACGGAGUCCUUAGAGAGCAAUAAAAACUGCACCGUGAAUGUUUGGGGUUUUUGGGGGGGUUUUUUGUUUUUUUUUUGGAGUGGGUAGAUUUUGCUUUUCACCCACUUCAGAAGGAAAGGGAGAGGAGAGCUCUAAUUUUCUAAAUUAAAUUAAUAAAUCCCAGAAUUGUGCUUUUCUUUUUUCUUUUUCCUUUACACCCUACUGCUAAGCUUCAUUCAGUACUGAUGUCAUGUCCACACUCAGGCUGAAUGUUCGGGCUGAAGCAGCUUUGCAGCCCUCAGACAGUCCGUGCUGGUUGCGGUUGGGGUGAGGGGACAUUCUAGGCCUGGAGUCGCUGACGCCCACCAUGCUAGGUCCUGGGUCCAGGCUGAGGACAGGGAGAGGUGGCUGGCCCUAUUGCCCAGGAGCUUCCUCCAGAGCCAGACCCCCACUGGAGCUCCACGGGCACCUGGCAGGCCCAGCUCCUAGCAAUAGUCUGCUGGGAUGGCCACAGACCAGCCUGUCUCUGGGCUCAGGCCCAGGCCCAGGGGCCAUGGGAUGUCCUGCCCAUCUUCCCGAGGGCUGCAUGCACUGUCUCAUUGCCUUCCCACGCAUGCAUCCUGGCUGUGCUUGGGGAGUGGAGUCUGGGUUGAGGGCCUACCCCAGAGCCCGCUCACCAGCAGACAUUUCUGAUAUUGUGGCGAGUUGGGUGGAGGGUUGUGGUUCUCUUGGCCCCCUCUGGGGAGUUCCAGAGGCUUGUAUGAUGUCUGUGGCAUUUCAUGGUGCCUUUAUGGAGCUACCAGCACCUAGGGACUUUCUGGCUUUUCUCUUUGAGGUCUUUCUGUUAGCAUUAUAAGCAUGAGCACCCACUAAACGCAAGUGAGCAGACACCAGAGAAAGACUUAGUUGGUCGGCAGGGAAAGCGUUUGGUAGAUUUGAGGACAUGGCAUGUUCCUCCAAAUGAAGGCUUGAGGAGGGUUUGAAAUGACUGCUCACUGAUAAGACUUUUAACCCCGAGAAAGAUAGGAAGCUGGAUGUUGGGAUCUUGGUGGCAGCAUGCUGGAGGCACAGCCCCACGUGAGGUGCUUUGAAGGUCCCAGUCCCCAAAAAGAACAGGGCCUGGUUGAGAUGAGCUCUGAAGAUGUAAACCACUAAAUAAUAACAAAACAGCAAAGUAAGCAGCACUUUCUUAUAGAAAACAAUGCAGACAUCAUUGAUCAACUCUGAAAACCUCCACCUUGUCUGUCCCUGUUUCUCCCCUUCUGUGCACCACGGCAUGAGAACCUUGCCUCACACUAACAUGGUCCCGGUUACUGAGCAUCAAAGCAGAGCUGAAGAGAAAGUAGUGGCUGGACCCGCCACACAUUGCGCAUGUGGUUGGACCAGCCACGCGUUACACUCUCGUGCAACUUGAGAGAUGUCUUGAGGCCUCCUGUGACUACCAAUUUGUGUCAGAUUUGGGGUGAAGAAUAAGUGACUUUUUCUGCAUGUUGCUUUGUCUCUGCCCGAGACACUUAUAGGACAAGCCAAAUAUAACUUUUUCAGCCCUGCGGAUUUUCAUCUGAAUUGUUCACCCCCAUGCAUAAGCCCGUGCUGCGAAUCUCUCACCAACAGCACGCUGCAUGCAGUCCCCGGAAUGUGGCACUCAGUGCUCGACGGUGUGACAUGGCUUCUAACCCUCCUGCAGUGUAGCUGGGCUCAGGGUAAAAUGGCGAGCCUGAAACGCCUGCCUGUCUUCUUUCUGGAAAAAGCAUGUCCCUGGCCCACGUGCCUGCCCCCUUCUCUAGUGAGCCAGCCCCCAGCAAAAGUGAGCCGCUCCAGAGCACCUUGCGCCUGCGCGCAGGACUGGCCACCGCUGACUCGGGCUCUGAUUUUGUCCCAUAACCCUGCUGUCAGGCUUGUCAGGGUGGAUGCAGACAUUAGACUCCAUAGUCUUGCAUAUCACAAAAACACAGGCACAGUUUUGUAUAAAAGAUAUCACACCGUGAUCUGCUUGAUUGAGUGAGAUGGACAAACAUGAAUCAAGUUUUUUUAUGAGCAUUUCCGGCUUAUUAAUUCAGGGGAAGUGAUGGUAUUCUUACCACCCGCUCUGGAAAUAAACUGACAAGAGCACUUUCAGGGAUCCUAGGAAGCUACCAGAGAAGAUGACAUCAGUCAGCAGCAGCACACUCCUUUAAAAUAAUUGAGUUGUUUUAAAAUUUUAGCUUUGUAAUGACAAAUCACCUGGAGCUUUCUUUUCUCAUUAACUUUUCAGUUUCUUAAGCUUUUGCAAAAGUCUUCGGACAGAAGUCGAACUGUGAAUGAGACACUGAAAUGCACUAAAUUGUAUUGAAUUAAACUGGGGUUACUUGACACCAUGAAAAAAUG